CGGCUUGUCAGUAUUGAAACAAAAUUCGUGCGGUGAGCAUCGAAGCGUCUGCUCGAAGGCAAAGCAAAGCAUAAAAAAGUGAAUUUCUUUUUCUGCCCAAAGAAAAGUAUAAAGUAUUGUUUUCAAAGUUAAUUCUGUGAAGCAAAAACAUACAAGAUGCCUGAAGAAACGGAGACUUUCGCAUUCCAGGCUGAGAUUGCUCAGCUUAUGUCGUUGAUCAUUAACACGUUCUACUCAAACAAAGAAAUCUUCUUGCGUGAAUUGAUUUCCAAUGCGUCUGAUGCGCUCGACAAGAUCCGCUAUGAAUCGCUGACGGAUCCCAGCAAGCUUGACUCCGGCAAGGAGCUGUACAUCAAGCUGAUACCAAACAAGACCGCUGGUACACUGACCAUCAUUGAUACCGGUAUUGGUAUGACUAAGUCCGAUUUGGUCAACAACUUGGGCACAAUUGCCAAGUCGGGCACUAAGGCAUUCAUGGAGGCAUUGCAGGCUGGCGCCGAUAUUUCCAUGAUUGGCCAGUUUGGUGUUGGCUUCUAUUCGGCAUAUCUGGUGGCCGAUAAGGUGACCGUCACUUCGAAGAACAACGAUGAUGAACAGUACAUCUGGGAGUCCUCUGCCGGUGGCUCCUUCACCGUUCGUGCUGAUAACUCUGAGCCAUUGGGCCGUGGUACCAAGAUUGUGCUGUACAUCAAGGAGGAUCAGACCGAUUACCUUGAAGAGAGCAAGAUCAAGGAGAUUGUCAACAAGCACUCCCAAUUCAUUGGCUACCCCAUCAAGUUGUUGGUGGAGAAGGAGCGUGAGAAGGAGGUCAGCGACGAUGAAGCUGAUGAUGAGAAGAAGGAAGGUGAUGAGAAGAAGGAGAUGGAUACCGAUGAGCCCAAGAUUGAGGAUGUUGGCGAGGAUGAAGAUGCCGACAAGAAGGACAAGGAUGCCAAGAAAAAGAAGACCAUCAAGGAGAAGUACACCGAAGAUGAGGAACUAAACAAGACAAAGCCCAUUUGGACACGCAAUCCCGAUGAUAUCUCCCAGGAGGAAUACGGAGAGUUCUACAAGUCGUUGACCAACGACUGGGAAGAUCAUUUGGCUGUUAAGCACUUCUCUGUUGAGGGUCAGCUGGAGUUCCGUGCUCUGCUAUUCAUCCCACGUCGUACACCCUUCGAUCUGUUCGAAAACCAAAAGAAGCGCAACAACAUUAAGCUGUACGUGCGCCGUGUCUUCAUUAUGGACAACUGCGAGGAUCUGAUUCCAGAAUACUUGAACUUUAUCAAGGGUGUGGUUGACUCUGAAGAUUUGCCACUAAACAUUUCUCGUGAGAUGUUGCAGCAGAACAAGGUGCUUAAGGUUAUCCGUAAGAAUCUAGUCAAGAAGACAAUGGAACUAAUUGAAGAGCUAACAGAGGACAAGGAAAACUACAAGAAGUUCUACGACCAGUUCAGCAAGAACCUGAAAUUGGGCGUUCAUGAGGACAGCAACAACCGUGCUAAGUUAGCCGAUUUCUUGCGCUUCCACACUUCCGCCUCUGGUGAUGAUUUCUGCUCAUUGUCCGACUACGUGUCGAGGAUGAAGGAGAGCCAGAAGCACAUCUACUUCAUCACUGGCGAGUCCAAGGAUCAGGUCAGCAACUCGGCCUUCGUUGAGCGUGUCAAGGCCCGUGGCUUUGAAGUGGUCUACAUGACGGAACCCAUUGAUGAAUACGUCAUUCAGCAUCUGAAGGAAUACAAGGGCAAGCAGCUCGUUUCCGUCACCAAGGAGGGUCUUGAGUUGCCCGAGGAUGAGGCUGAGAAGAAGAAGCGCGAGGAGGAUAAGGCCAAAUUCGAGAGCUUGUGCAAGCUGAUGAAAUCAAUUCUGGACAACAAAGUCGAGAAGGUUGUCGUCUCCAACCGUCUGGUCGAUUCACCUUGCUGCAUUGUUACUUCGCAGUUCGGCUGGUCUGCUAACAUGGAGCGCAUCAUGAAGGCUCAGGCCUUGCGUGACACCUCGACCAUGGGCUACAUGGCUGGCAAGAAGCACUUGGAGAUCAAUCCUGAUCAUCCAAUUGUGGAGACCUUGCGCCAGAAGGCCGAUGCCGAUAAGAAUGACAAGGCCGUCAAGGAUCUGGUUAUUCUGUUGUUCGAGACAUCGCUUUUGUCGUCUGGCUUCUCGCUGGACAGCCCUCAGGUGCAUGCCAGCCGCAUCUAUCGCAUGAUCAAGCUGGGUCUUGGCAUCGAUGAGGAUGAGCCCAUGACCACUGAGGAUGCCCAAAGCGCUGGCGAUGCUCCAUCUCUAGUUGAGGACACCGAGGAUGCAUCUCACAUGGAGGAGGUCGAUUAAACAACCAUUCAACCCCCAAACCAUUCAUCCAUCCCCACCAAAACCAUUUAUUCACACCAUUUGAUACAAAAUUACUUAAAAGUUGAUCACAUUUCAUUUCCUUUGUCGGAACCGCUUCUUGUGUUGGACUUGACAACCGAGUUAUUUAAUGUUUCGUUGACAUUUGUAAUUUGUAUUUACGUUGUGUCGCGUUAUAGGCGACAGGAAUACGCUUAACUCAUUCAAAAAAAA